AAUCUUAUACGAAAUCUCAAAAUGCAGAGAUCUGACAGAUAAAGCAAAAAAUUGUUUAGAAAACUUUCACAAUUAUUGUAAAAGAGAGAUCAAAUCAUCAAAUGAAUUAUUAAGACAAGGCAAAAAUGCGGUGAACGUGGAUCGAACACGUGACCUUCAGAUCUUCAGUCUGACGCUCUCCCAACUGAGCUAUCCCCGCCUGCUGUUGUUGACUCGAUCUAAUAGUAUUUGUUAAGUUAAUAGCCGUGUUUUUCACGUUUUCUUCUCAUCUUUUAAAGUAGGGAAAUCAUCCAUGGUCGGCUGGAUCGUGAAGCAGAGAAAUGGGGAAGACCUUCAAAGAUGAAUUUUCAUAUGAUGAAAGAGUCGCAGAAUCACAGGAUAUAAUCGCCAAAUAUCCCGAUCGAGUGCCGGUGGUGGCUGAAAGAUAUUCCAAAACUGACCUCCCUGAGAUGGAAAAGAAGAAAUACCUGGUACCCCGUGAUAUGUCCGUUGGCCAAUUUAUCCACAUUCUGAGUGGCAGGCUCCAUCUGGAUCCUGGGAAAGCUCUCUUCGUGUUUGUGAAUAACUCCUUGCCUCAAACAACAAGCUUGAUUGAGACCGUGUAUGAUUCUUCCAAGGAUAAAGAUGGGUUCCUCUACAUGUGCUACAGCAGUCAGAAAACCUUUGGUCCCUCUUAGAAAGUUGACAUUGUGAAUUGAAAUAUGUAUCUGGUUUCUGUAUUGCAUGUCUGGCAUGCACGGUUGUUCAUCCCGUAAAUUCUUGCACUGGGAUAUGUCUAUAUUGUCAACUGAAUACAUGAUGGAAAUUCAAAUGUUAAAUCUAUCGGGUUUCAGACUUGA